AUUUGUUUUGGGGCUUUUUUUUUGUUAGUUUGUGUACCCUACGUACAUUGUGUAUCAAUAGCCAUUAGUCAUUCUAGCUCAGCUUUGCAAAUCUGGUGUCCUCCGAUAGUUUUGAGACUGCAAUUCUUCAAAAUUUUCUGUCAGUGUAAGUAGUUUUUGAUACCACAAAUUACAAAUUACAUUUGUGCUCCUUUUGCAGAUUUCCAGAGGCUUUUGGCUGGGUAACACUAUAUGAUAGGGAUGCAGAAGUUCUGUCAUGGAAAAUCUGACCUUAAAAUGGCCUGUUCUAUGUUGGAUCACUUUUGGAACAUUCGGAAUGGCUCUCUCUGUAGUCAGAAUGGUCAAUGAUGGGAUGUUUUGCAUACCCCUACUACAGGAUUCGUGGUCAGAUCCCUCACAGAACAAGAGAUACCUUUAAUCCAUGCUUUGGAUUUCUUUCCAAAGUUGCCUGAUCUAAGGAUAAACAUUCUUCAUUUCUACUUGCUCCAAAACAGGAUACAUGGAAGAUAUUAGUGUGGGGAAAAUUGGCCCUAGCAUUUCUACUAAACUAGAAGCCCCAUUGGGAGAAGUGGAAGUUCUGAUUUAGCAACCUUAAGAUUUUGAUGCAUGAAACUGAUAGUAUAUCAUUGCAUUGAAGUUUAGGACUUUUCUAAUCAAUGGUUUAUUGUAACAGCAAUAAACACAAUGAAACUAUGUCAGUUCUAAUUGCCUGGGUUGGUCUGACCUCUUUUUGGUUAAAUCACUACUGUUUUAGUUAACUUCUGGGGUAUAGCUAUUUCUAGGCUUUAGGCAUCUUAUUCUCACCUUUAAUUAAAAUCAUGGAAGUUGAAUAAGCUAUACUGUAACUAGGUAUCACACUAGAGAUUUUACUGAUAACAUGUGAAAAGAUUAAGACGUGCUGAAAUUUAGUCUGUGGAUCUCACUACAUGAGUUACUGCCAGUAACAAGAUGAGGACAUCUCUGUGAAGGCAGAAAGAGUAGUCUAGGAGAUUUUUAUAGUAAAAAGGAAACUGAGAAUACAGGAGGGAUGACAUGAAAUAGACUGAGAAUCAUAGUUCCCCAUCAGUUUGAUACCAGGGUAGAAAGAAUGUCUCUAAACUCCACUUGAACUGAGGCUAUGCUCCCAAAGUUGACUAAGAGUUGGAAGAUAUCUCUUGAAUACAGACUAUCAGAAGAGAAAGGCUGCAAACAGAUCAAACUAUGGGUCACUUUUAUAGUUCAAUCCAUCUGUUAGACCUAAAAUGGAAAAAUACUUAAUUAUUCCUGAAAAGCAUAUAGUCAGAGAAGGUGGUUAGGAACCAGAGGGCAAGAGAGCAGCAGUGCAAAGCCUGGCUUUGAUCUUCCCAAGGAUAUAUGACAUACAAGCAGGUCUGCUCAAAGCUUGUUCCCUUGAACCAUUGUGGUAUCUCUGUGCCAGCACAGGGCUUGUUCUAAUUCGUGCCUACGUAUCCAGAAGCAGGCCUUGGCCAACCACCUGACUGGCACAAUAAUGCAGCUAUUCUGCACAGGAAGACAGGGUGCUUUGUGUAGUAACAGCCGCCUAAGAGCGGUUCAUGCAACCCUUCUGCCUGAAAAGAAGUAUUGUUCAGCAUGAACCACGCUUCAGCCUUUCCCCAACAUCAGGGGGACAGAGCUAUUCUCAGCAGCCAGAACAGCUCCUUUCAGAGUCCUCCAUAUCUCCAUCCCACAGCAGCUGAUGAUGGCCUGCCUGCUUACAGUCCUGCAAGGGAAGACUUGACUGUGCAAUAUCCAGUGAAUUCCAGUGCCCCUUGUGAUAUAUUUAAAGUCAGGUGGAUAAAAGAAUCUUUCUGGUGGUGGCGCGUCCCCCUCCGCCGUAAGGUAUCCUGACAGCGCCGGUGGGUUUUGGUACCAAGAGAAUGCACAGCUGGGCUCGGUGACCAGAAACCGCUUUAUUCAUUGGAGCUGAUAACAGAAAGUCAAAUGCAGUCUGUUUUCACAGAUAUUGGAAAAUUCCAUUUUAGAGAUCCAUUGAACUACUGUGUGAUCCCCACAGUUCCGGGGCUGUCACCUAACUCCACUGCUUCAGCAGCUUGGCUUACCAGUGAUGGAGGAUCUCUCUUUGCUCUGCCAUCUGCUUCGGGUGGGAUUUUUGUCCUUAACCUACCACCUUAUGAUGCUCAUGAGAUGCCUUCAACUUCAUUGGUGGAGUUGAAACAGAGUUCGGUCAUGCAGCGCUUGCUUACAGGUUGGAUGCCAACUGCCAUCAGAGGGGAUCAAAAUCCUUCAGAUCUUCCUGUUAGCUUAUCUGUCCACUGUCGUGAACAUGACGCACUUCUCUUUGCACUCUACCAAGAUCAUAAACUUAGGAUGUGGUCUUAUAAAAAUCAGAUGUGCCUGAUGGUGGCCGAUAUGUUGGAAUUUGUUCCUGUAAAUAAAGAUCUGAGACUUAUUGGUGGAAGUGGAAACAAAUUACAGCUGGCAUAUUCUGAGUCAUUGGGGCUUUAUAUUGGUGUAUACUUGCAUGCACCCAAACAAGGACAGUUCUGUGUCUUCCAGUUGGUCAGCACAGAGAGUCAUCGCUAUAGUCUUGAUCACAUAUCGUCACUGUUCACAUCUCAGGAGACACUUGUUGAUUUUGCUUUAACUACUUCUGAGAUCUGGGCACUUUGGCAUGAUGAUGAAAAUCAAACCACCGUGAAAUACAUCAAUUUUGAGCACAAUGUUGCUGGUCAGUGGAACCAAGUUUCUGUUCAGCCCCUGCCAGCUGAAGAAGUGAAUAUUCGAGAUGACCAGGACCCAAGGGAAACAUUUACAGAGGCUAUCUUCCUGCCUGGCCAGUUCACAAAUGCAGCUUUGCUUAAGGCUUUACAGAUAUUUUCUCAGCAAGCUGAGAGACACAACGACCUGUCAUGGGAUGAACUGAAAAAAGAAAUUACUAUAGCUCUAGAAGAUGAGUUCCAGGGCAAUGUGACAGAAUACGAAUUCUCCCAUGAAGAGUUCAGACAAUUACAAAUAGAAUUCUGGUCAAAAUUCUACGCUUACUGCCUGCAGUAUCAGGAAGAACUUUCACGGCCACUUGCACUACUCUUGAAUCAGUGUACUAAUAUGGUGUGUCUGCUAAAAAAGGGUUACUUUUCUUUUCUUGUGCCGUGCUCCUUAGUGGAUCAUCUUUACCUCUUGCCUGAUGAACAACUGAUUAAUGAAGUUGAAAGUGCUGGCUUGGAUGAAUCUGAUUUUUCUCAUGAUCUUCUGAGUCUUCUUCAGUGCCUUCGAUUAAUUGGGGAAUCAGUUUCUGUGGAAAUGGCCCUCACAAUGGAAAUGGCUUGCUUCCGUCUCCAGUCUCCAGAGAGAGCCGCAGAACAGAUCCUUAAAGACUUGAUUGCUAAUGACACAGAAAAUAUGAUGGAAGAUAUUCACAGCAAACUACAAGAAAUCAAAAGUCCAGUCAAUGCUAUUGGGAUGCUUAUCCGGGAAAUGGACUAUGAAACAGAUGUUGAAAUGGAUAGAGGAUUCAGUCUUGUUCAGCCCAUAAAUGUGCGCAUGCAUCUCUCACAACUUUAUGGCAGUAGCACAACAGUAAAUAUGAUAUGUCGGUGUGUGUACAAGAUGUCCAUGACACGCUUUUUUAUUUGCCGGGACCUGUUGAUUUUACAGCAGCUCUUGCUACGGCUUGGAGAUGCUGUACUUUUGGGAGGAGAUCAGCUAUUCCACACUCAGCAGAACUUACUGCAUCGCACAUCUGUUUUGAUACUAUCUUAUUAUGUGAUAAGGUGGGCAAGUCAGCGUUUGGCAUCAGAUGUUCCCGUUGAUGAGCUGGAAUCAAACCUACAGCAUCUUUCUGUAUUAAAGCUAACGGAUUCCACAACAAUAACACCACUCAAGCUGGUGUCAAGCCCUCAAACAAUUGUGGAGCUCUUCUUUCAGGAAGGAGCCCGGAAACACAUAAUAUCUCAGCUCUUCCAGUCUAAUGCAGCCUUGGAUGAAACAUGUUUGAGUUGGCCUCAAAUGUUUUCUGCAAUUUCCAGUUAUCUCCUGCAGUUUUUGUGGCCAAGUAAUCCUAGCUUCCUCUUCCCAGAAUGUUUGAUGGGGGCUUGUCAGUAUGCUCAAUUGCAGGAAUAUAUUCGUUUGCUGGAACCUUGGUGUCAUGUGAAUGUGGGAUCAUGUCGCUUUAUGAUGGGACACUGCUAUCUUGUUACAGGAGAAGAACACAAGGCGCUGGACUGUUUCUGUCAAGCAGCCUCAGAAGUUGGGAAAGAGGAGUUUUUAGACAGACUAAUUACAUCUGAAGAGGUGGAAAUGGCUUCAACUCCACAGCUACAAUACUAUGAUAAGGUUUUGCGCCUCUUGGACUCCAUGGGUCUUCCUGAACUGAUCAUUCAGCUGGCUACUUUGGCAACCACAGAAACAGCUGAUGAUUGGAGAAGUCAGGCCACCUUGAGGACUUGCAUUUUUAAACACCAUUUAGAUUUAGGACAUAACAGUCAAGCAUAUGAAGCUUUGACCCAUAAUCCAGAUCCCAGCAGGCAGCUGGAUUGUUUACGACAGCUAGUGGUAGUUCUCUGUGAACGCUCCCAACUGCAGGAUCUUGUGGAGUUCCCAUAUGUGAAUCUUCAUAAUGAGGUUGUGGGAAUAAUUGAAUAUCGUGCUCGGGCAGUAGAUCUGAUGACACAUAAUUACUAUGAAUUGCUAUAUGCUUUCCAUAUUUAUCGCCAUAAUUACCGGAAAGCUGGAACAGUAAUGUUUGAAUAUGGAAUGCGCCUUGGCAGGGAAGUUCGCACUCUUCCUGGAUUACAGAAACAAGCAAACUGUUACCUUGCAGCUAUUAACUGUUUACGGCUGAUUCGCCCUGAGUAUGCAUGGAUAGUGCAACCAGCUUCUGGUGCUGUGUACGAACGUCCAGGAGCAUCCCCAAAGAGAAAUCACGAUGGAGAGUGUGCUGCUGCUCCAACGGGAAGUCACAUUGAAAUCUUGGAGUUACAGGAUUUGGAAAAAGAAUGUAUGUUGGCUCGCAUAAGGUUAACUUUGGCACAACAUGAUCCAACAACAGCUGCUGUUACAGGAAACUCAUCCCCCAAGGAGUUAGUUGCCCUGUUGGUGCAGGCUGGUCUCUUUGACACUGCUAUUUCUCUCUGCCAGACUUACAAGCUUUCUUUAAGGCCUGUGUUUGAAGGACUUACUUUCAAGUGUAUUAAACUUCAGUUUGGAGGGGAAGCGGUUUUGGCAGAAGCAUGGGACUGGCUGGCUGCAAAUCAGUUCUCAUCGGUUAUCACAACCAAGGAGAACAGUGCAACAGAUGAAGCUUGGCGUCUCUUAGCCUCCUACCUGGACAAGUAUAAGUCAGAAAAUAGCCCAUACCACCGUUGCGUAAUCAAUAAGUUGCUGUCUCAUGGUGUUCCCUUACCUAACUGGCUUAUCAACAGCUAUAAAAAGGUAGAUGCUGCUGAACUUCUCCGACUCUAUUUGAAUUAUGAUCUCCUAGAAGAAGCUGUGGAUUUGGUGCUGGAGUAUGUGGAUGCCUUACUUGGGAAAGGACAUGAUUACUUUGGAAUUGAGUUCCCAUUAUCAGCUACAACUCCAACUGUUUGGCUUCCAUAUUCUGCAAUUGACCAGCUUCUUCAGGCGCUAGGAGAAAACACAGCUAAUCAUCAUAAUACAGUGCUUUAUCAGAAAGUGCGUGACAAAUUAGAAGUCUACCAAAACCAGGUUGAUAAGGCAACUCGGGAUCAUCUUCUGUAUUGUCAAAACUAGUGAACAAUUUUGAUCCAAGUGUGACUGCUCCAAAUCACCUUGUGCCUGGAGGUCCUUGAGACAAAGUUACAAAAACUGUGCUUUAAACAGAGUUUCUCAGCCUUGGCAACUUUCAGGUAUGUGGACUUCAACUCCCAGAAUUCUCAUCAAAGGCCAAUCUGCCUGUGAAUUCUGGGAUUUGAAGUCCAUACACUUGGAAAUUGCCAUGGUUGGGAAACACUGCUUUAAACUAUUCUGCAUAACUGGCAUGAAGUAUAUGUAAAGCAUUUGCUUUGCAUGGACUGACUAGGAUCAUAGGGAGUCCUAUGCACUGCUGGUAGUGCUAUUAUUAUAAAUUCUAUUUUUUCAUAAUACCUAAAACAUUCCCUGUCAGGGGAUGAUGAACUUUUUUUUAGUAUGGGGGUACUGAGUUAAAUUAAGCUUCAGUCUGUGCUGCACUAGAUACCAGUAAUUACCAGUACUGAAAAAUUGUUUGUAUAAUGCAUGUUGCUACAGUCUUUCUACUGAAUUAUUUUGUAUGAUCUCCUUUGUUCUGUACCAUGUAUGGGCACUAACAACGGUCUUAUUUAUUGUGACAAUUUUUGAAUCAUCUUUAAUAAAAUGAAGUUUUGUUUUAAA